GCAGACAGGCUGCUCCUGAAUGUGCGGGUAGCCUUUGUGGAGCGUGUGAGCAAGCCGGUGAUCUCUGCGCUGCUGGAUGAGCUGCUGGCCCAAAGGGUGCUGGGCCUCGAGGAGGUGGACGAGGUGCAGGAUAGAUACACGGUGCGCACCGACAAGGCCCGCUGCCUCAUCGACACCGUGCGCCUGAAGGGCCCCAGGGCGAGCCAGAUCUUCAUCAACAUCCUCAGGAAGCGCGAUGGCACCUUGGCGGAGCAGCUGGGCCUGGGCGCUGACUCGGGGCCCACCGGUGUGCAGCUGGCCUCCCCCGACACUGAGGCCCCCCCCGGGUACCCCAUCAGUAUCCAGGGCCAGCAGUGGAUCCGGCAGUGCUCCCUGAGCGAGUACCAGCGCAUCAGGGACACAGAGGGAGACCAGAUCUAUCCCAUCCAUCUACCACGGGAGACGCGAACCCGUAGGGCCCUACUCAUCUGCAACAUUGAGUUUGAGCACUUGAGGCGGCGGGAUGGGGCUGAAGUGGAUGUGGAGGGGAUGACGAAGCUGCUGGAAGGGCUAGGCUACGUGGUGGAUGUCCAUCGCAACUUAACUUCCCAGGGGAUGGCUACAGUCAUGAAGGAUUUUGCGGAUCGCAAAGAGCACUGCACCUCUGACAGCACCUUCCUGGUCUUCAUGUCCCACGGGGUCAGGGCCGGGCUCUGCGGGACCAAGAGCAGAGAUGAGAACACAGACAUCCUUUCCCUCGACACCAUCUAUGAGAAAUUCAACAACAAGCACUGCCAGGCGCUACUGGGCAAACCCAAAGUGGUCAUUAUCCAGUCCUGCCGUGGAGGCAACAUAGGGUCCGUGGUGGUGAGGUACUCUGCAGACUCUGCCGUGCAUGCUCGCCGCUGCUUGGCUCACACGAUCCCUGCAGGGGUGGAAGAUGACGCAAUCUGUGAAGUUCACCUGGAGAGUGAUUUUGCCACUUUACAUUCCUCCACACCUGAUACUGUCUCCUGGAGAAGCUCAGUAACAGGCUCCCUUUUCAUCCAGCACCUGAUAGAGCAGUUUCGAAACCAUGCCUGUAACAGCAACUUACAGGAGAUCUUCCGAAAGGUCCAAUAUUCCUUUGGAAAAUUUCCUCGGCAGUUGCCGUCACAAGAACGGACUACGAUGCUCAGGAAGUUCUACCUCUUCCCAGGCCACUGAUCUCCUGCCCGUGGUGAAAAAAUAAUACACGGACAGCCAAAGUGUUUGAAUUUGGGGGUAACACAGCAGAAAGUUCAAGCUCAAGGUGAACGCAGCCCUGCUCCAGAGAGAUGCACUUCUUCGGAGAAGGAAAGGAUGAGAAGAAAAGCCAAGAACAGCUCUGCAGAAACACAGUGAAUCUCCAAACCAGCUACUUGUGCCCCCUCUGCUAGGCAAUUACAAACAAACCUGGAACAAGAGAGUCCUUGGUCUCCUGUCCUCCCUUCCUUUUGUGGCCUCCAGACAACCCCAAACUGAGCAAACUCUUCCCAGGGAGCUGCUCCCAGGGAGCUCCGGAGCACCAAAUGCAAAGCUGGUUAGUGUCUCUCUUAAUUGUCCCCAGGCAGAGCCUGUCCCCCGUUGCAACAGACGAUCCGUCACCCCCAGGGCCGCUUCCGCCCUGUCUCCGGCUUUACCCGUAGUCUAAUAAAGGAUUUU